AUGACCCACGGCAACGCAACGGCUCCUCCCCAUGUCUCGCGCGUCGCAUCGCACACCUCGCACGCCUCACACGCCGGCGCCGAGUUUGCCUAUCCUCACGGCCAUCUCGGUGCCUUGAGCGAACCCGAGGAGGAGGCAUUGGCCAAGUUCAAGAUCUUGCUGGAAGAGAAGGGAUACUGGAAGCCAGGCCCCCCGCCGUCGCAUGAUGACGCAACCCUGCUCCGUUUCCUGCGCGCCCGUAGGUGGGUGCCAGAAGAUGCCUUUGGCCAGUUCAAGGACACCGAGGAUUGGCGCCAAGGCAACGAUGUAGAUGUGCUCUACAGCACCAUCGACCUCGAGGCCUACGAGCAGUGCCGUCGCCUUUACCCCCAAUGGACAGGCCGACGCGACCGCCGUGGUAUCCCUCUCUACGUGUUCCAGGUUAAGAACCUGGACCACAAGACCGUCUCCGAGUACGAGAAGCACGGUGCCAACAACACAUUCUCCGAGGCCAAGACGGACGGCAAGACGCCGCCUAACCUGCUUCGCCUGUUCGCUCUCUACGAGAACCUGACCCGAUUCGCCAUGCCCCUGUGCACGGAGCUCAAGGACCGCGAGCACGCCGAGGCCCCCAUCACCAUGAGCACCAACAUUGUCGACAUCUCCGGUGUCGGCCUCAAGCAGUUCUGGAACCUCAAGAACCACAUGCAGGCUGCGUCGCAGCUGGCCACCGCCCACUACCCCGAGACUCUGGAUCGCAUCUUCAUCAUCGGCGCACCCUACUUCUUCAGCACCGUCUGGGGAUGGAUCAAGCGCUGGUUCGACCCCAUCACCGUGUCCAAGAUCUUCGUCCUCAGCCACAGCGAGGUUAAGCCCACCCUCGAGAGUUUCAUCGAGCCCCGAAACAUCCCUAAGAAGUACGGCGGCGAGCUGGACUACACAUUUGGUGAGCUGAGCGUGGCCGACCCCCACUGGGACGGCGUCAUCACAUGGGAGGACGGCUACAAGUCGUUCCCUGGUGGACCCCUUCUCUGGGAGGACAGUGAGGAUGGAAAGUCCAUGACCUGCUAUGGCCUGGGUGUCAAGGACGGCAAGAAGAGGAAGGAGAAGAUCUGCACCUUGCCCAAGUCGUAUGAGGCACCCGCCACGAAGCCGAUAACCAAUGGAGUCGCCAAGGAGACUGAGGAGAAGACGGAAGAAGCCAAGCCUGUUGAGACGGUGAUCAACGGCGAGGCUUUGGAGAAGCUCAAGAUCAACGACGAGAAGAAGGCUGAGGCUGCGAGCGAAGUCCCCCAGGCCCAGAUUGUCACCGCUGCCUAA